GUUGGUGCGCGACACGGCAGUCAGCCAAGAAAGCGAAGUGGAGGGCUGUCAAAAACAUCCCGCAGGAGAAGAUGGGCAGCUAAAUAAGUUGUCCUAAGAUAUAAUUUUACUCCAAGCAGACAUCAAUGUUCUAAACAUCAUAUUGCUUGAAGUCUGCCUACGUGUUUGCACAAUAACCACCAAUAUUCAAGCGUGAGUGUCGAUUGUUAUCAACCUCGAAAUCAGCAUGAAUGAAGAUAUUCCCUGAAAUUGUUUUUCAGCAUCAUAUGUAACACACUCAAGAGGACCCAUGUCUUUUCUUCGUUGGGUAUCUGAGAAAUUGAGUGUGGAGAGCCUGCGGGAUUUGGAGUUAUUUGGAGAGCAAGCUCAGGGACUCUCUCACAGGAAAGCCCAUGAGGACAGUCAGGAGAGUCUGACCUCCCUCCCUCGUCGGGACACCAUGGGCAGCUUCCUCCCUGACAGCGGCUCAUACGAGCUCCUCACCGUUAUUGGCCGGGGCUUGGAUGACCUGAUGACUGUUAACCUGGCUCGAUACAGACCCACAGGGGAACAUGUAGCUAUCAGACGGAUUGACUUGGAGUCGUGCACUAAUGACAUGGUUACCUACCUGCAGGGUGAACUUCAUGUGUCAAAGUUGUUUCACCACCCCAGUAUUCUGCCCUACAAGAGUGUCUUUAUCGCUGAAAAUGAAUUGUGGGUCAUCACCCCCUUCAUGGCUUAUGGGUCAGCCAGAGAUCUGAUCUGCACACAUUUCACUGAUGGUAUGAGUGAGCUGACCAUCUCAUACAUUUUACUCGGCAUGCUAAAAGCUCUUGAAUACAUCCACCACAUGGGAUAUGUGCACCGGAGUGUGAAGGCCAGUCACGUGCUGAUCUCAGCAGACGGACAGGUCUGCAUGUCAGGUCUGCGGAGUAUCUUCAGUCUGAUCCGUCAUGGUCAGAGGGCCAAAGUCGUUCAUGACUUUCCUCAGUACAGCGUCAAGGUGCUGCCCUGGCUCAGCCCUGAAGUGCUGCAACAGAACCUGCAGGGCUACGAUUCUCGGUCUGACAUCUACAGCCUCGGUAUCACAGCCUGUGAACUGGCAAAUGGACACGUGCCCUUCAAAGACAUGCCGGCUACACAGAUGCUGCUGGAGAAGCUAAAUGGGACGGUGCCGUGUUUGCUGGACACCACCACUAUUCCACCAGAGGAGCUGUCCAUGAAACCAUCCCGCUCUGGGGCUGACUCUGGGAUCUGUGAGGGUCCAGGAGCCGGAGGGGUCAGACACUCCAACGGAGAGCCCUCCACCUCGUCAUCAGGACACCCGUACAACCGAACUUUCUCCCCACACUUCCACGCCUUUGUUGAGCUGUGUUUACAGAGAGACCCAGAAAAGAGACCGUCUGCCACCACUCUCAUAGGCCACCCCUUCUUCAAACAGAUCAAACGCCGGCCCUCGGAGGCGCUGCCUGAGCUGCUGCGGCCUGUGUCGCCCAUCACCAGCUUCGAGAGCUCCCAGCCACAGGACUCUCCCUCUGGACUGGCCAGUCUGGAGUCAGGUCUCAGCCACCUGGAGGUGGAUGACUGGGACUUCUGACAGUGGAAGACUCAGAGGGGAGACACUUGUAGGACUCUGGUGGGACAGGAUGAGAUUUGUUUUUGUAACAGUCCCCUUGUAAAUAAUACAAAACUGAAACUAAAAGGAGUUGCUGUUCUCAGACAGAGGUUAAAAGCCAGCAGCCAUCUUGCCUCUUUUGAUGUCUCCUGCACGCUUGUGUUCUCUAGAUAUGCACAGACUCUUGCACUGCACUGAUGGCCUCUCUCUCUCUCAAACAUACACACCUGUUUACAGAUUGCACUCACACAUAACAACCCCCCCUGGAGCCAAAACACAACAGGACUCCUCUAUUCCUCAUGCUGUUGCAGAGGUGUCAGAGGAGGGUUUAUGGAUGUAGAUGUAGCCUAAACCUAAAGAUUCUCAUGAAAUGGAUCAGUGGGAAGCUGCUACUAAAUAUUCAGAGGGACUCUCUACCUCUUGUUGGAACAUGGCCGCUGUAUGUGGCCCAUCUGCUCAGUGAGACCACCAUAAGGGUACACUCCAGUCCUCACAGCUGACACAGUUAGCCCUCUAAACCAGAUGGAAGGUUUCAACUGUUUCCUGAGGGUCAGCUAAAUGAACAGCAUGUAUAUGCAUUUCUUCGCUCUCUGCCUGUGUUACAGUGUAAACUACAUCUCAUGCUUUACGCAUCACUUUUUCUGCACAGAGGUUAAGUAUAACACCUGUUUAGUUUAACCUUCAGAGCAUAGAAGUCUGUAUUUCCUUGAACUUACUCUGGGCGUGAUGUUACUUAUGUCAAAAGUGAAUGUUACAUUGGUGCUUGUUUUGUCUGCAUGUAUUUGAAAGUGAGGACAAAGCAAAGUGUUGCAAAUGUCAAACUUGACUUUUAACAAUAAACAUUGUUCACUUUAA